GGAAAAUUAUGAUCUCUCCAGCUGAGAAGGAUGAAGAUAUGUAUGGAAGAAGUGAGCAAAUACAGAGCCUUAUUCCUCACAACUUAAAUUCCCUUCCAAAUCUAGGGCUCAUUUCCCUAAAUUCAUCAUCCAUCACAUUCGAUUCACCAUCUCCUCUCUUGCAAUUGAAACCGCACAUAUAUAAAUCCGGCAUCGGAUCCCAUGAGCUUCUCUGCUCACAGUUCAGUGCUUUCAGGAAGGAGGAAGAACCCUAAGCACUAUAACAAUGGUGUUGAUCUACGGACCCUUAACACCUGGCCAGGUGUCGUUCUUUAUCGGAAUCGUACCCCUUAUCGCGGCUUGGUUGUAUUCGGAGUACUUGGAGUACAGCAGGAUUCUCGCUUCUUCCAAACUCAGGCAUUCUGAUACCCAUUUGGUGGAGGUAGGCAAGGAAGCAGAUAAAGAAGAAGAAGAAGAAGUCGAUGAAUCUGCUCUGUUGGAGAGAGGCAUUGGCAUCCACUCAGCUCCUCCAAGAGCCCACAUUUCAUCAUCAGUAACAUCUCAAGUUUUCAGGUUCUUCUUGAUGGAUAAAACAUUCUUGCUUGAAAACCGGUUGAUUUUGAGAGCUACAUCAGAGCUUGGUGCUCUUUUGUUCUAUUUCUACGUUUGUGACCGUACCAAUCUUUUCAAUGAAUCAAGAAAGAAUUAUAAUCGGGACCUUUUCCUGUUCCUUUACCUCCUAUUCAUCAUAGUUUCUGCAAUAUCUUCUUUUAAGAUCCACCAUGAUAAAUCCCCAUUCUCUGGGAAAUCCUUGAUGUACUUAAACAGGCAUCAGACAGAGGAGUGGAAAGGUUGGAUGCAGGUAUUGUUCCUGAUGUAUCAUUACUUCGUUGCUGCAGAGUUUUAUAAUGCUAUUAGAGUGUGUAUAGCUGCUUACGUAUGGAUGACUGGAUUCGGGAAUUUUGCAUACUAUUAUAUCCGAAGAGAUUUUAGCAUAGCACGAUUCGCUCAGAUGAUGUGGCGGCUUAAUUUUUUGGCGUUCUUUUGCUGCAUUGUUCUAAACAACAACUACAUGCUGUACUACAUAUGUCCAAUGCAUACUCUUUUCACUUUGAUGGUUUAUGGUGCAUUGAGUAUUUUUAACAAAUACAAUGAAAAUGGCUCUGUGAUGGCUACCAAGAUCGUGGCUUGCUUUGUUGUUGUCAUACUGAUCUGGGAGAUACCUGGAAUGUUUGACCUUAUUUGGAGCCCUUUCACAUUUUUACUUGGGUAUGCUGACCCGGAUCCUUCUAAACAAAAAUUGCCAUUGUUGCACGAAUGGCAUUUCCGAUCUGGCCUCGACCGUUACAUAUGGAUCAUUGGGAUGAUAUAUGCAUACUUCCACCCUACAGUGGAGAUGUGGAUGGAGAAACUUGAGGAAACAGAAGUGAAGCGACGAAUAACUAUUAAAACUGUUGUUGCACUAACUUCACUGGCGAUUGGAUACAUGUGGUAUGAGCACGUAUACAAGCUCCCGAAGAUCACGUACAAUGAAUAUCAUCCGUAUACAUCGUGGAUUCCAAUAACAGUUUUCAUUUGCUUAAGGAAUCUCACCCAGUCACUACGCAGCUACUCAUUGACACUUAUAGCAUGGCUCGGGAAGAUAACUUUGGAGACUUACAUCUCACAGUUUCACAUAUGGUUAAGGUCCGGCGUGCCAGAUGCUCAACCCAAAAGGCUGCUAUGCUUCAUCCCGAAGUACCCAUUGCUGAACUUCAUGCUUACAACUGUCAUUUCUGUUGUUGUUUCUUAUCGGCUAUUUGAAUUGACGAAUACAUUAAAAGGUGCACUUAUUCCAAGCAAAGACAACAAACGUCUGCUCUAUAACGCAAUCGCUGCCUUAUUGAUUGGAUGUUCCAUAUACACACUUUCUUGUGUGUAUUUGAGGCUAUCUCAGAUAAUGAUAUAGAAAAUUUGAGACGCAAUGCACGAGAAGAGGCUCGAUGAUAUCUUCCACUGUGUGUCUGUGCUUUAUUAUAAGCACUUAAUUGGA